AGUAAAUACAGAGAAAUAUAGUCUCCAAACUCUCCUCUCUUCCACUGCAGAAUCCUCAUAAGUCCAGUUAUAUCCAACAAAGUGGUAUCAGAGCUUCUUAUUGAAAUGGCAAGUGGGAAUCUAGUUUCAUUGCAGGUUCCAAAAUUCUCAAAAGAGAAGUUUGACAAUUGGUGCAUCCGAAUGAAGGCCAUACUCGGUGCACAUGAUGUGUGGGAAAUUGUUGAGAAUGGAUAUGAUGCUCCUAAAGACAUGAGUGCUCUUACACAAGCACAAAAGGAUCAGUUUAAUAGCAUCAAGAAAAAGGAUCAAAAGGCCGUUUCUCUCAUUCACCAAGCAUUGGAUGAGGUUACCUUUGAGAAGGUUUCUAAUGCCACCACAGCAAAGGAUUUGUGGGAGAAGCUUCAAGCUGCCUGUAAAGGAAAAGAAAAGGCAAAGAAAGUGCGCCUCCAAAGUUUGAGAGGUGAAUUUGAAGCUGUCCAAAUGAAUGAGACAGAAAAGGUGUCAGAUUAUAUUUCAAGGGUCAUGGGGAUUGCCAACCAGAUGAGAAGGCUUGAUGAAGAGGUGACUGAUUUAAGGAUAAUUGAAAAAAUUCUUAGAUCAGUUACAGAGAAGUUUGAUUAUGUGGUGACAGCCAUUGAAGAAUCAAAGGACUUGGAAGACAUGACUGUUGAAGAGUUAAGUGGUUCACUUGAAGCACAUGAGGAGAAGCUCAAUAGAAGAAAGAAAGAGCCUAUGGAGCAAGUUCUACAGUCAAGACUUUCUCUGGGUGAUAAAGAACAAAAGGGAGGCACAAGUCAAGGAGGACGAGGUCGAGGUCGAGGCCAUGGACGCAGUCGUGGUCGAGGACGUGGAAGAGGAGGAAGAAGUGUCCAGAACACUGAUCAAAGCAGAGAUGAAAAUUUUCAGUUCUCCUUUUUGAGAGGCCGUGGCAGAGGAGGAUCAAGGCCAUAUCAGAAGAGGUAUGACAAAUCCCAAAUUCAGUGCUACACUUGUCAUAAGUUUGGGCAUUAUUCAUGGGAAUGCAGAUUUGGCAACAAUGUGAAAGCCAAUUUCUCUCAAGACGAAGAUAAAGAAGUUAAUGAAGAGGUGGAGACAACUCUCUUGUUGGCCUGCAAAGAUAUGAAGAAUGAGGAAAAGCACUCUUGGUACCUUGAUACUGGAGCAAGCAACCACAUGUGUGGAAACAAAGAAUUAUUUGUGGAGCUUGAUGAGAAAGUUGGCGGCAACAUCACCUUUGGAGACUCCUCCAAAAUACCAGUGAGGGGUAAAGGUAAAAUUUUGAUACGCAUGAAGGAUGGAAAUCAUCAAUUUAUCUCAAUUGUUUAUUAUGCACCUGACAUGAAGAGUAAUAUUUUGAGUGUGGGCCAACUGUUAGAAAAGGGAUAUGCUGUUUUCACAAAAGGUUGCAGUUUGUACUUGAAAGAUUUUGCAGGAAGCUUGAUUGCCAAAGUCUCAAUGUCAAAGAAUCGUAUGUUUGCUAUGAACAUACAUACAGAUGUGGCUAAAUGCUUAACAUCUUGUUAUAAAGAUUCUUCAUGGCUAUGGCAUUUGAGAUUUGGGCAUAUGAACUUUGGAGGACUUAAGGCUAUGGCUAGCAAAAGAAUGGUGAAAGGCUUGCCCUCGGUGAAUCAACCUGAUCAACUUUGUGAAGGUUGUCUUCUUGGUAAACAAUCAAGAAAGAGCUUCCCAAAACAGUCUCAAUCAAGAGCAACAAGGCCACUACAGCUAGUUCACACUGAUGUCUGUGGGCCGAUCACCCCAUGUUCUUUCGGUAAGAACAAAUACUUUCUUUUGUUCAUUGAUGAUUACAGUAGAAAAACAUGGUGUGUUGAAGACAAAGUGGUGCAGCUAAUUUUUGUGAAAUCUCACGAUCAGAUGGCAGACAUCCUUACCAAGGCUCUCAAGUUUGAUGAUUUCAAGAAAUUAAGAAGCUGUAUUGGAGUUGGAAAAAGUCAUGUUUAAAGUGGGGUGUUGAAAAGAUAAACAUGCCUUGAAUAUCUAGUUCAUGUAUCUGGUAUGAAUAGUAUUUAAUAAUGUAUCUAGGAGAAUGGGAUUCAUGUAUACCAGUUAAUUAGAAAGAACCAGUGUUUGUGAUUUAUCUAUAAAUAACUUUGUAAGUU